CAGUCCUCUGAAGGAGCCUGGUCGUCGCUCUCCUGGUGCUGAGAUUCCCCGCAGGCGGCCCUUCCAUAGGCCUCCCCUCUGGCCUUGAAGGCUCUGCUUGUCUUCUCAUCCCGGGAGGAGGGCAAGGCCAUGGGUCUGCCCUUGCUGCUGUCCCUGCUGCUGUCCCUGGCAUCUCUGCAGGCAGGUCACUGGGCAGAACCCAAUCCAAGCACUGACUUUGGGAUGAACCAACCAAAGGAACUCUCAGCCCCCAAGGGUGGCUCCAUCCACAUCCCCUUCUCCUUCUAUUACUCCUGGGAAUCAGCCAAGGUUCCCAACGUGAGAAUAUUCUGGAGAUGGAAACACUACCAUGGGGAGUUCAUCUACAACACAACCCCGCUGUUCAUCCACAAGGAUUUCAAGGACCGGCUCCUCCUGAACUGGACAAAGGGUGGGCACAGCGGCUCCCUCCAGAUCUCGAAACUGCAGUGGGAGGAUGAGUCCAGGUACUUCUGCAGGGUGGAGGUGGACACGCUGAGACAAGGCAAGCAGACGUGGCAGUCCAUCGAGGGAACCGCACUCACCGUCAUCCCCACUGCUAAGCCAACCACCCUGGGCUCCACUACACCUAGCAUCAGGGUCCCAGAUGGCAAAAAGAGUUCAGAGUUGUGGUCCCUAAGUAUGGAAACUACAGUUGGGUUGUCAUUGGCCAGCGCUAUGCUCAAAAUCGCGAUUUUGGGAUGGAUCAUGUACCUCAGGUGGAAGAGAAGCAAAGGUCUGCAGACUAAAGCCAGAACCCCAGCCAGGGGAUCCUUCCAAAACCCGGAGGAGAAAUACGAGAACACUGGGAAUAAAGGACAACAUGCAGGCCCCAAGCCUGUAUGUUUUCCAAGCUGGACACCAAGCUUGACCUCACCAGCAGUGCCUCCCCACCCGCCUCCCCAAGAGGGCCCCCAGGAAGAGACGCUAUACUCUGUCUUAAAGGCCUAAGGAGUGGGACUGAGUGAGGACCUGCUUAGACUCAGCUGCACACAGGGAUCUCAGUUCCUCAUAAUCACCCUGGACAGACACAGACGACUCAGAAGCCAGCAGGUGUUGAAGGCCACCAAGGACCUGAGAGACACACAGCCACCUGCUCCAGUUCCCUCUUCAACUUCCUAGCCCUUGACCACAAAAAUAAAAGUCCCUGUACAAUUUGCCUGAAUGCAUCUAAGGAG